AUGAAAGAGAAAACGCCUGUUGUUAAUGCAGAAUAAAUGUUGUGUAUUUAAUGUAGCAGUUCACUUUUAUUGCCUCUAGUGAUUUUGUACUAUGGACAUCAAUUCUUCAGGGCCUACAUCGACAUGAUUUCAUAUAAUAUAAAAAUAUACUCUUGCUCUGAAUAUAGACAGGCACUUCCCAGCAAAAGGACUAGAGUGUAUGGAAAGUUGAGUCAUCCACUUUAAAGAUUUCCGGAACUGAAGCUGGAGCACACAAGGCAGGAAGCAGACUGCAGAGUGAAAAAAACAGAUGCAGAAUUUGUGUGACACUGGAGUUGUUCUGCCAGGAAGAUGAGGCCUUUAUUUGCAUUCUUUGUGUUCCCACACAGUCUAGGCAUAGUCUGGCAUUCCUGCAUGUUGCAAUCAAUUUGAAUAAGCAAGGCACUCAUAGUUUGGAACAAUACAUUACACAACAUUAUAGAAAAAUGCGCACAUUUUGACACAACAAGGAAGAAAAACGAAUCCAUCAGCUGAAGAAAGAAGCAACAGCAGAUCAGAAACUGAUAGAAGAAAACCUUAAAUGUGUUAAAAAUUCCGUUAUGACUACCCAUGUGGCAGUGCCUGAUGACAACUUGGAGGUCAAGAAAGAAGUAACAGAGCCUCUGGAAGAGAUGGCAGCAAAUGCUGAACACCUUAAAAGAUAUCUUCCCGCUCAUAAGGCAGAGUCGGACGACUGUUCAAGGACUAGAAAGUGGGAGACAAUUCGUUUCUUAACAGUACCAGAAAUGUUUGAGGAUGUUGCUGUCACUUUUUCAGAUGAGGAGUGGAAGAUUUUAAGAAAACAAGAUAAGGAGCUUCACAGAGAAGUGAUGGUACAGAAUUAUGAAACCUUGGUUUCAGUAGGAUACAAAAUCCCCUUAGAGGAAUUAUUGUUGCUACUUAAAGCAGAUUAUGAAGAAUUCUCAAAAGAUGAUGUGGAGGGGGAAAAUCCUACAGACCGGAAGGAUAAUAUUGGCAAUAAGUUCAACAGUAUCGGAGGCACAGCGUGCAGUGAAGAUUUCAAUGAGCGGCAAUCACUUAGGGUACCUCAUUUACUUCUUCCUACAGAGACCCUCCAGUAUUGUGCUAAUAAGCCUGUAAAGGGCUGCAACAGUCUUCUUUCCACUAUCAGAGUGCAGUGCCACACUGGACAUAACUGUACCCAGAGAUCUGAAUGUGAAAGUGAAACGUGCCAGUUCCAUCACUGUACAGAAAACCUACCACAGUAUGCUCAGCCUGGGAACAGCUACAACAAGGUUCAUCUCAUUCCUACACCAUGGCUUCAUUCAGGCCAGAAAUGCAGCAGGAGCUCUGAAUAUGAUAGUGUAACGCCCGCCUUACAUCACCCCACAAAGAUCGUACAGCAAUCUGCGAUGGACAUGGAAAAGCUUCAUCCCUUUCUUGUACCACAGUACCACUCAGAACAUAACAACAAAAGAUCUGUCUCUAACAUGAGUUUUAGUGUACAUCAAAGUACAGUAAUUCAACAGAAGUCUCAAGCAGGAGAGAAGCGAUACAAAUGCACUGAAUGCAGUAAACAGUUUAUAUGGCAACGUCAGCUGUUGGUCCAUCAGACUAUUCAUACAUUGAAUAAUCACGUGGGGGAAAACGCAUACAAAUGUCCUAAAUGUAAUAAGAGUUUUACUCGCAAAUAUUACCUCAGAAUCCACCAACGAGUUCACACACGGGAGAAACCAUAUAAAUGUGCUGAAUGUAGUAAGUGUUUUACAUAUAAACAGUCCCUCAACAUCCAUAGUAGAGUUCACACAGGAGAGAAACCGUAUAAAUGUCCUGAGUGUAGUAAAUGCUUUACACGUAAACAACAUGUCAGAAUCCAUCAACAAGUUCACACAGGAGAGAAACCAUAUAAAUGUGCUGAAUGUGAUAAGUGUUUUACACGUAAAUAUUAUCUCAGCAUCCAUACACGGAUUCACACGGGGGAGAAACCAUAUAAAUGUUCUCAAUGCAGUAUGUGCUUUUCAAACAAAAAGAAAAUUAGAAUUCAUCAACAGCUUCACACGGGCGAGAAACCAUAUAAAUGUGCCAAAUGCAGUAAGUGUUUUUCACAGAGAAGUGGUAUAAUAUGCCAUGAGGCGAUACACACAGGGAAGAAACCAUAUAAAUGUACAGAAUGUAAUAAGAAAUUUAUGUGGCACAAUCAGCUGAAACGCCAUCAGGCCAUUCACACUGGGGAAAAACCAUAUAACUGUCUAGAAUGUAGUAAAUGUUUUACAACACCACAAUCUCUCAGAAUCCAUCAAAAAGUUCACACCGGGGAAAAACCUUACAAAUGUGCUGAAUGUAAAAAAUGUUUUACACACAAGCAAUCCCUCAGAAUGCAUCAACGAGUUCAUAAUGGGGAGAAACCGUAUAAAUGCACCGAAUGCGAUAAGCUGUUCAUGUGGCUUGGUAAUCUGAAACGCCAUCAGACCGUUCACAUAACGAAUACUCAUGCAGAGGAAAAACCUUACAAAUGUUCAGAAUGCAGUAAGUGUUAUUUACAUAAACAAUCCCUCAGAAUUCAUCAACAAGUUCACACGGGGGAAAAACCAUAUAAAUGUACUGAAUGCAGUAAGUGUUUUACACACAAACAAUCCCUCAGAAUCCACCAACGUGUUCACACAGGGGAGAAGCCCUAUAAAUGCAGUGAGUGCGAUAAGCAGUUUCUGUGGCACAGUAAUCUGAUGCGGCAUCAGGCCAUUCACAUAGUGGAAAGGCCUUAUAAAUGUCCAGAAUGUACUAAGUGUUUUACACAUAAACAGUACCUCAGAAUCCAUCAACGAGUUCACAGUGGGGAGAAACCGUAUAAAUGUUCUGAGUGCAGUAAGUGUUUUGCACGAAAACAGUCCCUCAACAUCCAUAAGCGAGUGCACACAGGGGAGAAACCAUACAGAUGCACUGAGUGCAAUAAGUGUUUUUUAUGUAGCAGUCAUCUGAAACACCAUCAGAUCGUUCACACAAGGCCAACCAGAAAAAGGUUUUCAAAAAAAUUGGAAAACAAAGCAAAAGGAAUAGAAACAUUAUCAAAAAAAGAAAAAAUUAGUACAUCUUGGAGAAAUAUUUAUGAAGGUAUUGUUGAACAUAGCAAAGGUGUGAUGUAUAUAGAAGAAUUAAACUUUUUCCCGGAAAAUGCUUGGAGUUUGGAACAUUACAUUACAGAACAGUUUAAAAAACUGCACCUGUUUCUACGAGACAAGGAACGAAAACUACUCCAACAGCUCAAACGUAAAGAAGUUGCAGUUCCAAAUGAGGUGGAAGAAAGCCUUGAACGUAAUGAGGUUAUGACCACCCAUUUCAUGGUCCCAGAUGCCAAUUUGGAGAAAAGGAACAAGAUAGCUGAAACCUUGGAAGAGAUGGAGAAAAAUCCUGAGUACUUUGAAAAUUAUGUUAAUGCCGCUAAUGAAGUGGUGGAUCAAAGCACUGGAAAAUGGAAAACUGUUGAUUUUAUGACACAAAUAAGAAGACAAGUUUCAAAGGCAACACCAGGGGAAGCAGGUACAGCUGCCAGCAUGGAAGUGGUUGGAUCAGGUACUGGGUGUGAUAGAGAGGAAGCAGGUACAAGGUCCGAUAGAGAGGAAGCAGGUAUAAGGUCCAGCAAGGAAGUGGUUGGAUCAGGCACUGAGUAUGGUACAGGGGAAACAGGUACAGCUGCCAGCAGGGAAGUGGUUGGAUCAGGUACUGGUUAUGGUAGAGGGGAAGCAGGUACAGCUGCCAGCAUGGAAGUGGUUGGAUCAGGUACUGGGUGUGAUAGAGAGGAAGCAGGUACAAGGUCCAGCAAGGAAGUGGUUGGAUCAGGUACUGGGUAUGGUACAGGGGAAACAGGUACAGGUGACAGCAGGGAAGUGGUUGGAUCAGGUACUGGGUAUGAUAGAGGGGAAGCAGGUACAGCUGCCAGCAUGGAAGUGGUUGGAUCAGGUACUGGUUAUGGUAGAGGGGAAGCAGGUACAGGUGACAGCAAGGAAGUGGUUGGAUCAGGCACUGGGUAUGGUACAGGGGAAGCAGGUACAGGUGCCAGCAGGGAAGUGGUUGGAUCAGGCACUGGGUAUGGUACAGGGGAAGCAGGUACAGGUGACAGCAGGGAAGUGGUUGGAUCAGGUACUGGUUAUGGUAGAGGGGAAGCAGGUACAGGUGACAGCAAGGAAGUGGUUGGAUCAGGUACUGGGUAUGGUAGAGGGGAAGCAGGUACAGGUGACAGCAGGGAAGUGGUUGGAUCAGGUACUGGGUAUGAUAGAGGGGAAGCAGAUACAGGUGCCAGCAGGGAAGUGGUUGGAUCAGGCACUGGGUAUGGUACAGGGGUAGCAGGUACAGGUGCCAACAGGGAAGUGGUUGGAUCAGGUACUGGGUAUGAUAGAGGGGAUGCAGGUACAGGUGCCAGCAGGGAAGUGGUUGGAUCAGGCACUGGGUAUGAUAGAGGGGAAGCAGGUACAGGUGCCAGCAAGGAAGUGGUUGGAUCAGGCACUGGGUACGGUAUAGGGGUAGCAGGUACAAGGUCCAGCAAGGAAGUGGUUGGAUCAGGCACUGGGUAUGGUAUAGGGGUAGCAGGUACAGGUGACAGCAUGGAAGUGGUUGGAUCAGGUACUGGGUAUGGUAGAGGGGAAGCAGGUACAGGUGCCAGCAGGGAAGUGGUUGGAUCAGGUACUGGUUAUGGUAGAGGGGAAGCAGGUACAGCUGCCAGCAUGGAAGUGGUUGGAUCAGGUACUGGGUGUGAUAGAGAGGAAGCAGGUACAAGGUCCAGCAAGGAAGUGGUUGGAUCAGGUACUGGGUAUGGUACAGGGGAAACAGGUACAGGUGACAGCAGGGAAGUGGUUGGAUCAGGUACUGGGUAUGAUAGAGGGGAAGCAGGUACAGGUGACAGCAAGGAAGUGGUUGGAUCAGGUACUGGGUAUGGUAUAGGGGUAGCAGGUACAGGUGCCAGCAGGGAAGUGGUUGGAUCAGGUACUGGUUAUGGUAGAGGGGAAGCAGGUACAGGUGACAGCAGGGAAGUGGUUGGAUCAGGUACUGGUUAUGGUAGAGGGGAAGCAGGUACAGGUGCCAGCAGGGAAGUGGUUGGAUCAGGUACUGGUUAUGGUAGAGGGGAAGCAGGUACAGGUGCCAGCAGGGAAGUGGUUGGAUCAGGCACUGGGUAUGGUACAGGGGUAGCAGGUACAGGUGCCAGCAGGGAAGUGGUUGGAUCAGGUACUGGGUAUGAUAGAGGGGAUGCAGGUACAGGUGCCAGCAGGGAAGUGGUUGGAUCAGGCACUGGGUAUGAUAGAGGGGAAGCAGGUACAGGUGCCAGCAAGGAAGUGGUUGGAUCAGGCACUGGGUGUGAUAGAGAGGAAGCAGGUACAGGUGACAGCAAGGAAGUGGUUGGAUCAGGUACUGGGUAUGGUACAGGGGUAGCAGGUACAGGUGACAGCAUGGAAGUGGUUGGAUCAGGCACUGGGUAUGGUACAGGGGUAGCAGGUACAGGUGACAGCAGGGAAGUGGUUGGAUCAGGUACUGGUUAUGGUAGAGGGGAAGCAGGUACAGCUGCCAGCAUGGAAGUGGUUGGAUCAGGUACUGGUUAUGGUAGAGGGGAAGCAGGUACAGCUGCCAGCAUGGAAGUGGUUGGAUCAGGUACUGGUUAUGGUAGAGGGGAAGCAGGUACAGGUGACAGCAAGGAAGUGGUUGGAUCAGGUACUGGGUAUGGUAGAGGGGAAGCAGGUACAGGUGCCAGCAGGAAGUGGUUGGAUCAGGUACUGGGGAAGCAGGUACAGGUGCCAGCAGGGAAGUGGUUGGAUCAGGUACUGGUUAUGGUAGAGGGGAAGCAGGUACAGGUGACAGCAAGGAAGUGGUUGGAUCAGGUACUGGGUAUGGUAGAGGGGAAGCAGGUACAGGUGCCAGCAGGGAAGUGGUUGGAUCAGGUACUGGGUAUGAUAGAGGGGAAGCAGGUACAGGUGCCAGCAGGGAAGUGGUUGGAUCAGGUACUGGUUAUGGUAGAGGGGAAGCAGGUACAGGUGACAGCAUGGAAGUGGUUGGAUCAGGUACUGGGUAUGGUAGAGGGGAAGCAGGUACAGGUGCCAGCAGGGAAGUGGUUGGAUCAGGUACUGGUUAUGGUAGAGGGGAAGCAGGUACAGCUGCCAGCAUGGAAGUGGUUGGAUCAGGUACUGGUUAUGGUAGAGGGGAAGCAGGUACAGGUGACAGCAAGGAAGUGGUUGGAUCAGGUACUGGGUAUGAUAGAGGGGAAGCAGGUACAGGUGCCAGCAGGGAAGUGGUUGGAUCAGGUACUGGGUAUGAUAGAGGGGAAGCAGGUACAGGUGCCAGCAGGGAAGUGGUUGGAUCAGGUACUGGUUAUGGUAGAGGGGAAGCAGGUACAGGUGCCAGCAUGGAAGUGGUUGGAUCAGAAUCCAGAAACCUUUGAGGAUGUCUCCGUGAGUUUCUCAGAAGAAGAGUGGAUGAAGUUAAGAAGACAAGAAAAGCAGCUUCACAGGGAAGUGAUGGUGCAAAAUUACGAAAACUUGAUUUCAAUAGGGUACAAAAUCCCCCCAGAGAAAUUGCUGCUGUUACUUAAAGAAGACUGUGUCAAACAGGAAAAUAAUGAUGAAACUGGGAGCACUGUUAAAGAACAGACAGAUAGUUCUAAAAAUAAGCACAAAAGGUACAAAAUCCCCCCAGAGAAAUUGCUACUGUUACUUAAAGAAGACUGUGUCAAACAGGAAAAUAAUGAUGAAACUGGGAGCACUGUUAAAGAACAGACAGAUAGUUCUAGAAAUAAGCACAAAAUGCUUGUAAAGCUCUUUUGGACUUGUAUUAGACUUAUGAGGUUUAAAGGUGCUGCAAAGGAAAAGGAGCUCACAAUGAUGACUGUGGUGUAUGAUGAUCUGAAGAUGAUAACAGAACUCGUGUCAGGAGUGCAUGCGGACGAUGACCUGUUAAAAAUGAUGGAUAAGCGUGAUCCAAACCUUUUCAGAUGUGCGGAGGAUGAUAAUAUGGAAAUGAAACCAGGUGAUGUGGCAGCAGAAAAUGCAGCAGCUAGCAAUGGAGGAAAGCAACAACAAACUGAGAAGGGGUCUGGUUUUAUGCCAACAGACAACGCAACAACCAAAAUGUAUGCAGCAGUGACAGCUGGCAGAAAAGGAGAGCAGCAGCUAACUGUAAGAAUCUGUGCAAGAGUAACCACAAAAAGUGCGACUGCAUUAGACAAUCCCAGUUCUCCCCUGGGUACCUCAGAAGAUAAAGGAGAACAAGCCAGACAUAAUUCUCAUAAUACAUUUUUUGCCAUGGCAGCACUGGUUCUGUCUCCUGCAAAGCAAAUUAGCAGAAGCAGAAAUUACAGUGCGAAUUUCAGUCAGCAGCCAUUACUUGCGACGUCCCAGUUCCGUCACUGUACAGAGGAACGUCAGCAGUGUGCUGAGCAUGAGAGCAGUUGCUACAACGUUCAGCGUAUUCCAGGACAUAACUGCAUCAAGAGCCCACAAUGUUCCAGUGAAGUGACCUCCUUACAUCACCGCACACAGAAAAUACAGCAGUUUGGUCAGCAUGUGAUGGACACUGACAAGAUUCAUUCCCCUGUUGUACCACAGGGGCAUUUGGGACAUAAGUGGAGCCCAGAGUGUUCCAGUGAAAUGCCCUCCUUACAUCACCACGCAGAGAAAAUACAGCAGUUUGGUCAGCAUGUGAUGGACACUGACAAGUUUCAUUCUCCUGUGGUACCACAGGAGCAUUUGGGAUAUAAGUGGAGCCCAGAGUGUUCCAGUGAAAUGCCCUCCUUACAUCACCAUACACAGAAUAUACAGCAGUUUGGUCAGCAUGUGAUGGACACUAACAAGUUUCAUUCCCCUGUGGUACCACAGGAGCAUUUGGGACAUAACUGCAGCCGAAGCCCAGAGUGUUCCAGUGAAGUACCCUCCUUACAUCACCGCACACAGGAUAUACAGCAGUUUGGUCAGCAUGUGAUGGACACUGACAAGUUUCAUUCUCCUGUAGUACCACAGGAGCAUUUGGGACAUAACUAUAGCCGAAGCCCAGAGUGUUCCAGUGACGUGCCCUCCUUACAUCACCACACCCAGGAUAUACAGCAGUUUGGUCAGCAUGUGAUGGACAAUGACAAGUUUCUUUCUCCUGUUGUACCACAGGGACAUUUGGGACAUAACUGUAGCCGAAGCCCAGAGUGUUCCAGUGAAAUGCCCUCCUUACAUCACCGCACACCGGAUAUACAGCAGUUUGGUCAGCAUGUGAUGGACAAUGACAAGUUUCAUUCUCCUGUUGUACCACAGGGGCAUUUGGGACAUAACUGUGGUAUGAAGACUGAAUGUAACACAAGCUUUAGUAUAAAACAAAGUGCAGUAAUUCAGCAGAAAUCUCAUGCAGGAGAGAAACCAUAUAAAUGCAAUGAAUGCAGUAAGCAGUUUAUGUGGCACAGUUAUCUGAAACACCAUCAGGCCAUUCAUGCAGUGGAAAAAACAUACAAGUGUCUCAAAUGUAGUAAGUGCUUUACACGUAAAAGUCACCUCAGACUUCAUCAAAAAGUUCACAGAGGUAUAAGAAACUCAAAAAAUGUGGAGAAAUUAAACCAAGAGAAACCAUAUAAGUGUGCUGAAUGUAGUAAGUGUUUUCGAAGUAAACACUCUAUCAGUAUCCAUCAACGAGUUCACACAGGGAAGAAGACCUAUAAAUGUGAUGAAUGUAACAGGUGUUUUACACGGAACAGAUCCCUCGAAAUCCAUCAAAGAGUUCACACAAGGGAAAGACUGUAUGAAUGCACUGAAUGCAGUAACUGUUUUACACGUAAGCAGCUCCUUCGAUUCCAUCAACAAGUUCAUACAAACGGGAAGAUAUAUAAAUGUAUUCAAUGUAGUAAGUGUUUUACACGUAAAGAAUCCCUCGAAAUCCAUCAACGAGUUCAUACAGGGGAAAGGCCAUACAAAUGUACUGAAUGUGGUAAGUCUUUUACACGUAAGCAACUCCUCAGAAUCCAUAUAAGAGUUCAUACAAAGGAAAAGCCCUAUAAGUGUGGUGAAUGUAAUAAAUGCUUUUCACAAGGAACUGGUUUGCUACAACAUCAAAUCAUUCACACAAGGAGGGAAAACACAGGAACUGAAAGCACAGCUGCAACUGGACUUAUUUUGGAAGACAUUGAUGCCAAUGAUCAAGAACAUCAGGAAGUACUGAAGUCCCCUAUAUGUGAAACACCUUAUACAUUAGCCGGACUUAUUUUGGAAGACAUUGAUGCCAAUGACCAAGAACAUCAAGAAGUACUGAAGUCUCCUAUAUGCGAAACACCUUAUACAUUAGCUGGACUUAUUUUGGAAGACAUUGUUGCCAAUGAUCAAGAACAUCAAGAAAUACAGAUAGGAUCUCCCCAGCUAAAAGACCGGAGUGAGUUCAAGGCUGAGCAGUGUGCUUUAAAGAUAUCACAGAGUAAAGCUGGAGUGCAGUUAAGGCAGGGAACAGACUGCAGCAUGAAAGAAAACAUGCAGAAUCUUUGUGCAAUAAAUCAGAUGACAGACCAGCACUGCAGGGAGCACAGACGGACACUGGAGUUAUUCUGCCAGGAGGAUGAGGCCUUUAUUUGUGUCCUUUGUGUUCCUAAACAUUCCAACCACAGUUUUGUGUUCCUGCAUGAAGCAGUCAGUGUGUAUAAGGAAAAGCUAAAAACAGCCUUAUCAUCCCUGGAAUUAAAAGUCAAGAAUCUUAAAGAUUUACAGAACACUAAUGAGAAGAAACUGCUGGACAUACAUGAAGAUGCUUAUAGUGUGGAACAAUAUGUCAUACAAGAGUUUACAAAACUGCACUUGUUCCUACAUGAGAGGGAGGAAAAACUACUGCAACAGCUUAAACGUAAAGAAGCAGCAAUUCUGGCAGAGAUGGAAGAAAACACCGAAUGCACAAAAAGUGAUGCCGUGGCCACCCAUGUGAUGGUAUCUGGUGCUAACUUGGAGAGCAGGAAGGAAAUGGUUGAACCUCUGGAAGAGAUGCAGAAAAGUACUGAGUACUUUAAAAAUUACGUUAAUGCCACUAAUAAAGCAGUGCAGGAUGAGAGGUCAGAUCCCAGAAAAUGGGGAUCAGUUGGUUUUCUAUCAGUUCCAGCAACCUUUGAGGAUGUUGCCGUCACUUUCUCAGAAGAAGAGUGGAAGUUGUUAAGAAAACAAGACAAGAAGCUUCACAAGGAAGUGAUGGUACAGAACUAUGAAACAUUAAUUUCAGUAGGAUAUAAAAUCCCUCCAGAGAAAUUGUUGUUGUUACUCAAAGAAGACCAAGAGAAACUGUUGAUGGAUAAUGUAGAGGGGAGCAGUAACACAGAACAGAAGGAUAAACAUAAAGAUAAGCUCAGAAGAUGCAAAAUUCCCAUAGAAAAGCUAUUACUGCUACUUAAAGCAGAUUAUGAGGAACUGUCAAAGGAUAAUAUGGAGAGGAAAAAUGCAUCAGAACCAAAGGAUAAUCUUGAGAGUAAACUCAGCAGUAUCAGAAGCCCAGAGUGUAGUUUGACUUACAGUCAGCAGCCAUCACUUGGGACAUUCCAGUCGCAUCAUGCAUCAAAGAACCUGCAGAAGUUUGCUGAGGCUGUGAAGGGCUACAACAUACAUCAUCUCACUCCUGUGUUACAGCACCACUCAGGACAUAACUGUAACAAGAGUCCUGAAACACCCCAGUUACAUCACCCUACAGAGAACAGACAGCAGUGCGCUGACCCUUUGAAGGGCUCUGAUAAGUUUCAUGUCACCCCAACACCACAUCACCAUUCAGGACAUAACUGCAGCAGAAGCCCAGUGUGUGACAGUGGAAUUCCCACUUUAAAUCUCUCGUCAGAGAACCUGCAGCGGUGUGUUCAGCCUAUGAAGAGCUCUGAGAAAUGUAAUUUCUCUCCUGCACCACAGCUUCACCCAGGAUUUAACUGCACCCAGAGCUCUGAGUGCAACAUGGAAAAACCCCAUUUGCAUCACUCUACAGAAAACAUACAGCAGAAAAGUGAAACACCUCUCUUUCAUCACUCCACAAAGAACAUAAAGCAAGGUACUCAAUGUGUGAUGGACACCAACAAGCUUCACCCCCCUCUUGUAAUGCAGGAAAGAGCAAUAACUCAUCAGAGAUCCCACACAGGGAAGAAAUAUGAAUGCAAUAAACAGUUUAUGUGGCGCAGUCACCUGAGGCUUCGUCAGAUCAUUCACACAAGGGAGAAACCAUAUAAAUGUACUGAAUGUAGUAAGUGCUUUGCACAUAAACAGUCACUGUGCAACCAUAGACGAAUUCAUACAGGGGAGAAACCAUAUAAAUGUCCUGAGUGUAAUAAGUGCUUUGCAUAUAAACAACACUUCAGAGUCCAUCAACGAGUUCACACAAGGGAGAAACCGUAUAAAUGUGCUGAAUGUAAUAAGUGCUUUGCACAUAAUCAGUCACUGUGCAGCCACAGACGAGUUCACACAGGAGAGAAACCAUAUAAAUGUUCUAAAUGUGGUAAAUGUUUUACACAUAAACAAUACCUCAACAAACAUCAACAAGUUCACUCCCAGGAGAAACCAUAUAAAUGUCCUGAAUGCAGUAGGCGUUUUUCACGGAAAGAGGAUAUGAAAUACCACCAGGCCAGUCACACAGAGGAUAAACCAUAUAAAUGUAUUGAAUGCAAUAAAUGUUUUUCUCUUAGUAGGGGUCUGAUAUACCACCAAGCCAUUCACACGGGUCUAAAACCAUAUAAAUGCACCGAGUGCAAUAAGCAGUUUAUCUUACGCAGUCAAUUGAUACGCCAUCAAAUUGUUCACACAGGGGAAAAACCUUACAAAUGUCCUGAAUGCACUAAGAGUUUUAGUCAAAGACAUAUUCUAUUAUAUCAUCAGAAGACUCACUUAAGGGAAAAAACAAACAAAUGUGCUGAAUGUAAUAAGGGUUUCAUAACAAAGAGGGCAUUACAAGAACAUAAAAAGGUUCACAGGGGAGAAAAAGCAUAUAAGUGUCCUGAAUGCAGUAAAUGCUACAGAGGAAAGAGAGGUCUCCAACAUCAUCAAAAGACUCACAUAACUGACAAAACAUAUACAUGUGCCAAAUGUAGUAAGAGUUUCAUGAAUGAGAGAGAAUUACAAGAACAUAAAAAGGUUCACAUAGAAAAAACAUUUACAUGUCCUGAAUGUAGUAAAUGUUACACAGCAAAGAGAAGUCUCGUACAUCAUCAGAAGACUCACAUGGGGGGUGUAAUACAUAAAAAAAAAAUAUGGACUUUGGAAAAAAAAAGAGAUCUGAUAUGGUGUAAUAUUUAUGCAGAAAAGAAAAUUGUACUAAACAAUAUGACGAUUGCAGCUGCAAAGAUAUUUGACUAUAUAUACAGACAAAGACAUCCAGACAUGGUAAAUUUUACAAAGGAAAGAAUAAGAAAACAAAUGUGGAAUGUAUUGAGAAGAAAAACAUUUAGUGAGGCAGAAAAGCAACAAAUAGAAACAGAGGUGUUAGACCAACUGAGAAGAGAAAGGAUUAGUAUGGAGACACUGAAACAGGCAAUAUCACAACAGGGUGAAUCACUGAAUCCCCUGGGAGUAGUGCAACAAACAGAACAAAGCAUUUGCAUAGAAGAUAUGACGCCCAAUAAAAUUCUGGAACCUUCUGCAGGGGACUCAUAUGAAAGUCCAGUUAGGACUGCACAGCAAGAGGAAGUGCAGGAAACAGAGAGCAAAGAUGAUUCUCUCAUCUAGGAAACUGAUCUAAGGGAAGAACUGGUUGAUUUAAUACUAAUGGAUAGGCCUAUAAGAUAGAUGAAAAUGGAGGUUGUCAGUUUAGAAGGGAAUGAUCUAACCAAAGACUUGGUUGAUUUUAUAGAAAUUGACAGGCACACUAACAUAUAUGAAGGAAAGAGAUAAAAUAAAGUGUUUAAGAUCAAAGUGUUAGGUAAAACAUAUGAACACAGUAUUUGGGACUAAUAAAAUAGAUUUAUGUAAUAUAUCAGAAAUUAACAGAAUAUUUUACUGUCUAGCUAAACUAAUAACAGAUAAAAUGUUACUAUACAAUCACAGCAAAACAAAGGAAAGGAGGGAAACAAGGCAAAUGCCUCCAUGGAAGAAGCAACCUAGACAUACAUUAGAAAACUUUUAUCAGUUAGACAGAAGCUUUCACAUGACAAUAAGAAAUUCUUUGAAAAUGUGUGUGUGUGUGUGUGUGUGUGUGUGUGUGUGUGUGUGU